GCAUGCUCCACUCCCACUCUUCGACGUGUAGCUGCUAUUGUUUGGCUGGGGGGUAAGCUAAAGUGCUAGCUACCAGGUAGCAAAGCUUUUCAAGUAGUUUCAAUCGAUAUAUGCGCUUAAAAACCAUAAAAUAUCUGCAGACAUCUGAAGGCAUUGCUAAGUAAUCAUGAGCAAGAGGAAAGCACCGCAGGAAUCUCUAAAUGAAGGAAUAACAGACUUUCUUGUUGGUGAGCAAAGUCAUAUGCAUGACGUUAGCUGAUAGCACUGUUGGUUAGGGUGACAGCUUAGCUCUGCUUUUAAGUAAAAACAACCUUUCAAUAUCAUCCAAAAGCAGUUCAUGUUAUACAGUGUGAUAAAUUAUGUAGUGUUUGACUCAUGUAUUUUUACCUGGCUUGUCUUAUAUAAAAUGGAGCGUCUUCCUUCUGACACUCACUGCUUCGUCAUUUAAAGGGCUUUAGCCGGUUUAGCAUUCUAGCAUCAUACUAUGGAAAUUGACCUAAGAGAUGAACUGUCUUCUAUGGUGUGCUUUUCUCUUGUUUUCAGAGCUGGCCAACUAUGAAAAAAACGUCAACAGGGCUAUACACAAAUAUAAUGCAUACAGGUAAGAAAUUAAAGCCUUUGCAGUGAGGUGUGCUUUGUCUUGAAGUCAUUUUUAUUCAUAAAGCAUCAAGUAUUCACAAAUGUGCAUAAAUAUUUCAGAAAACAAACACUUAAAUGACAUGUUUAUUUUCUAAAUCAGGCCCUGUGCACAGUGUGAAACCAUGAAGAUGUGACCAUUGAUUUUAUAUAAAUAUAUGUAAAAAGUCAAGCCUAGAGGUGUAAUUAACCCUCAUUUGUGCUACACUGCUAAAGAAUAUUCAGUACUAAAGCAUACAAAAUGUCCAGUACAGUUUAAAUAACACAACCCAUAAACAGUAUACAUCGAAACCAAAAUGUUUUCACUUUCACAACAGUAGGGUAGGGUUUAUUACUAAUUUGUGUCUUAGGCUGUGUUGAUUGUACGUACAGGUACUAAAUACAAAGACAAAUGACUAGACGAUUGGAAAACUUGUUGAUGAGGAAUUUAAUGUCUCAAAUUGUUUUGUUUUUGCCUGUCCAGGAAAGCAGCAUCUACUAUCGCCAAAUACCCUAGCAAAAUCAGAAAUGGUGAAGAGGCCAAGAAACUGGUAUGUGAUGUAUCAACAUGAAUACAUCCUUCAGUAACCGGAGCCCGAUGGCCUUGGUUCCUGAAGGAGUUAAUUUUUGACACAUGGUAGAAAGAGUCAAAUGUGACCUGAUGAUGACACACAUGCAUGGUGAAUUUGAUAACAAGAACCCCAUUCAAGAAAAAACACACAGCAUGCUGAUUUUGUAGUUGUAAAUCCUAUAAAGAAAUGUAUGCUGAUACACUGUUUUGUUAUUGAUUGGUUUAUAUUUUAACAUUAGUGACUGUUACUGGUGGUGUCUCCCUUGUGUUUGUGGCCUUCAUAAUACUAUAUUUUCGUGUAAACAACAAUCAAACUGCUCCUCAAAAAUGUUUUCUUAAAAAUUCUUCUGGAAUUCUUGAAAAUUUGCAGUACUGUUUUAUACUUAUUUGCCAAUCACAGUGGCCCUCAAUUAUCAAUCUUGCGUAGAACUGAGCGCAGGUCUGAGUGCAGGAUUCAUUGUACGAUAGGACACACGUGAGAUUUAUGAAAGGGUUCGUAUCUGACCAAUCCCAGCGUACGUAUGAUUGUGUCUUGAUAAAUAUGGAAGAAUACCUUCUGUGGUGGAAACUAACAAGUAUUUGCUCUUUGGAAGCAUCAAAACUAGUCUAAAAGCAGUCCAGAAAACUCCUGUCUGGAGCAGGAUUAUGGUGGCAGUGAACAGCGCUGCCACGGAAUAGCAGACAGUGGGUGAAGUUUGAAGAAAUUAGUCAAUAAGUUGCUGCUGAUGAUAAAUCAAUACCUCAUACAUGUCUAUUUUUUGUUGCUAUGACACAGGGUACGUUGCUCCUAUUAUUGAAAGUAUUUAGUUUUAAUUUGUUGCUUCUCUGUAAUGUAGAGUAGACUGGAGAGUCCGACAGAAGCUUAACAAAAUAAUUAUUACCGUCACCAAACGGUGUGUUGCUGCCCCUGAGGCACAUUUUUAUGGAUUUCUAUUGGAUUUUUAUCACUGAUUAAAUAGCAAGAGCACUUUCUAAACUUAUAUUUUACAUGUCAGAAUCCAUCGAUAAGGUCCUAUCUCCUCUGUACAGCACCUUUGUGGAGUCUCUCCUCAUUAUUGUUCCCCGGGCAUCAGGUCCUCACAGCCAGCAGCACUCCAUUCGCCAGAGCAACAUUGUGCAAAACUGUACUGGCUCAAAUGAUGUCCCACACCCUUUCAGGGGUGUACAACAACGUCCCCGCUGCUGGACCAAGACAGAGACACCUGCCUUUUAGGAGUCAAAUGCGGCGCUCCACAGUGGCGCGUGUGCACGCAAUGUUGAAACGGCACUCCUGCUCUGUGGCAGUGUUUCUGGGCAGAGUUAUCAAAAACGCCUAUUCACUAAGGACAUAACAAAUUUAUAGUAUUUUAUUUUAUAUACGUCUUAAUCUUAAUCUUAAUCAAUUGUUUUGAGACAGACAUUUGCUGCACCGCAGAUCCACAAUGACUCAAACUUGCGUGCACGAUGUCAGACCUGUCAUGACAUUUGAUAAAUGAGGGCCAGUCACUUUGCUUGUAGUCAAUCUUAAAAUAUUUCUCCUUGCUCUGAACUUAACCGAGAUAGAGGACUUUAUCUGCCUUCAGACAUUUAUUUCAGUGUGCCUGGAGAGUGGAAACGACAACAUCAUUGUUUGUCUUCCCUACCACUGUUGUGCCUGUGUUUUUGUGAGUGUGUGUGUUGUGUGAUGCCCUCUGCUGCAGCCUGAAAGAUUUUGUUAACAUCUUAUGUAACUGCUGCUGGAAGCACAACUCAGCUCCCUCAUAUCUCCACGUUUCAACAGGAUGGUGUUGGAGCUAAAAUUGCAGAAAAGAUUGACGAGUUCCUACAAACUGGCAAACUAAGGAAACUAGAAAAGGUGAGUCUCAAGGUCUAGAAAGAAUGUAGACAGACUGAGUUGAUGCUGAUUCUGACUGAUUAAACCGAGAGAUGAUGUGUUACUUUUGUUAUUCAGAUUCGAAAUGAUGACACAAGCAGUUCCAUUAACUUCCUCACCAGAGUUACUGGAAUUGGGUAAGUUUUUCUUUUUUUAACUGAGUGAAAUUUUUGAUGACCAGAGAUGUUUUAUUCAUACAGAUUUUCUGUCUGCCCCUUAUGUAACCAACUGCAUCUCUUGAUUCUUGACUUCAGCCCAGCUGCUGCAAGGAAAUUUUAUGAUGAAGGGGUGAAGACAUUAGAAGGUGACUUCCAUUAUACUGUUGAAUGUCUUUAUUAAUUAGUAAAUCCCAUUUUACACCUGUAUUAAUUCAUUUUCACUUUGCACACAAUACAAUCGUAUUUGCAAUAAAUUCACAGGAGACAUGUCCUUUUUAUUUUUUAAUCAGACCUAAAAAAGAUUGAGCACAAACUGAACCAUCAUCAGCAGAUUGGACUCAGGUGAGUUUGGCUAAAUGCUUUUUCAGUUCCAAAACCUCUAUUUCAUACAAAUCAAUCCUAACUCUUAGUGUAUUAUUUAAAAGCCCUCUUGUUUCCAUAUUUGAUGUUUGUGUUAUAAAUACAUUUCUUGCCUCCAGGUACUUUGAGGAGUUUGAGAAAAGGAUCCCACGAGCUGAAAUGGAAAAAAUGGAGGUGAGAUUUAACGUUUUUUCUUUGUGUUUUCGUCAAAUGAGUUUUUGUGAACACUUCACUUACACUGUGUGCUAAUGUUUGGGUUCAGUCACUCAUUCUUGCUGAGUUGGAGAAAAUCGACCCAGAGUACAUUGGAACCAUCUGUGGAAGCUACAGAAGAGGUGAGACUUCCCUUUCAACUUAAUACCUGUUGGUCUCGGAUUAAUGAUCAGACCCUUGUGAUCAUGAAAUCAAUUCACAUGUUCCUAAUGUCCAGGUGCUGCAUCGAGUGGUGAUAUUGAUAUUCUGCUGACCCAUCCAGACUAUACCUCUGAGACUGAGAAACAGGUAAAACUUCCUUAUAGGAAUAUGUGAGAUUAAAUCAAUAACUUAUCCAAGAAUUCAGCUUUUCUUCAUCAGAAGGAAAGAGCAGAUUCACCCCUACUUUGAUAAAUGGGAAUAUUUAUAUCGAACCACAGAAUGUAACUCCUUGCCUUUAAACCUCAGAGACACAAAACUACAAAGUGAAGUUCUUUAAAGAUCAGAAAGUUGGUGUUAUUACUGACUACACAAAUACGCACAUUAUUACUAACUUAACAGUGAACAGAUAAGAGGAUUGAUAAAUGUUGAUAUGAACACCAACUACAAAUCAUACACAUAAAGAAAACAUAAAAAUUGAAGUCUUUUGUCAGAGGAAAGGAGGGUGGUUUCUUCUGUCUAUGGCAAAAAGAGUCUCUUGGUGUAGUGUUUGAAACACUUGAUAUUCCCAUGUUUAAUUUUUUGAACUAGUUGCUUAACAAAACCAACUUAGAGGAAUGUCAGCAAUGUGUUAACUUUCCCAAAGAUUGAUGAGCCAGAUUAGGGUCUAUAGAUCACCUCCACAGGUUUACAGAGUGAGAUUGUCAUUGGCCAAAUAAAACACCCAACACCCAUAAUUACACACAUUAGGGUUAAUGAAUUUUUUCAACCAGCGCUUGUCAUCUUAUGCCAGCAUGUUAAAACAAAAUGUCAGUGCGGUUCUGAUAACAUGAACAAUAAACAUUGGAUUCAAAAGGGCAGAGUCAGUUCCUCUGUUCCUGGUGUUUGAUUCUUUGAGGAAAACCAGACGUGAGGGGGUAUUAGCCUUUAAAAGGGUGGGUGAGGUGGUGCCAUGCAUCUGUGAAAGCAGGUUGUAAAACGGAAAGCUGUCACUUAGCUUCCAUUAAUGUCAUCUUUGAUUGAUUGCAGGGUCUGCUUUGAGACCUGAAAGUCCUUUGAAAAGUGUGUUUGGUGGAGGCUUAUCAGUCAUUUGUGUAUUUCUUUAUCAUUCUGCUCUAACUGUCUCACACUGUGUGUUAGCAGUGUGCCUUUAACUGCAGUUUGAUUUGUUUAUUGAAGCAUUUUCGUUCAGGUCUGUUUGUUUAUGUUUUUCAGCCGAAGCUCCUUCAUAGAGUGGUGGACCACUUUGAGUCCCUUGGGUUUGUGACUGACACUCUGUCCAAAGGAGACACAAAGUUCAUGGUGAGGCCGGCGCUGAUGUGCAGCUGUUUUUCUAUAAUGAUAGGAUUUGUAAUACAGUGAAGCACAUGGCUGUGGUGAUGAUGUCCUGGAUCUUGUUUUUUUAGGGAGUCUGCCAGCUGCAGCAGAGUGAUGAAGACGAUGAUGAAGAAUACCUUCACAGGCGUAUUGAUAUAAGGUAUCAUACCUCAUAAUGCCCUCAACAUUUUCGGUUUAGGCGUCAGUGAUGAAAUGAGUCAGCGGGUUGGAAUUCAGUGUGAUGAAUUAUAUGACACAUGGUUAUUGAGGUAACUGAAUCCAUAAUAUUCCAACUAAAACAUUGUCUCUAAUUUAAAGCAGACUCACUUACUUAAAAUCACAGAGGGAACCAACUGCUUCAGUCAUUUUAUGAUUUGCUCUUCCUUCUCUCUAACUCUCCAUCCUCUGUAUCCCAAAGGUUAAUCCCCAAGGACCAAUACUACUGUGGGGUUCUGUAUUUCACUGGAAGUGAUAUCUUCAAUAAAAACAUGCGAACUCAUGCUCUGGAGAAAGGCUUCACUCUGAAUGAGUACACCAUUCGACCACUUGGAGUCACUGGUGAGUCUCAGUCAAAUAAGACCAAAUAAACUUGGUGAACUAUGUGGAAAGAAUGUAUGACUUUGUCAUGUCAGUGCCCAGUUAGUCAUGAUUUCAGCUUUAAUAUCAGCUGUUUGCCUUUGUUGAUCUGUUAUAGGUGUGGCAGGAGAGCCUCUGCUGGUGGAUAGUGAGAGAGACAUCUUUGAAUACAUCCACUACAAAUACAAGGAGCCCAAGGACCGCAGCGAGUGAUGCAAAGGAUGACUUUGUCUUGGCAUCUGUUUGUGUUUGAAGCUACAAAUGAAAUGAGAUGCAUGGUUACAACUGUGUGUGUGUUAUGAGGUCAUUGUUUAAAAAAAGUAAAAACAUUCAACUACCCUAUUUAAAAGAGAGCAACGAUAAAAGUCAUAGCGCUUUUUAAAAUCUGACAUUUCAACACUCCUCUUUGGAAAUUUUUUAUCUUUGUGUGUCUACAGACUGUGCAAACAAAUGUUUGAUUUUUUUGUGAAUGUUAUUCUUCAUAGCCUUCUGGGGAGUUUGUUGUCAAUUUUUAGUAAGUUGUUAAUCAUGCUUCACCACAAUUUUACAAAUAAUCCUUGAUUUAUGGAAAAGGAUUGUAAUAUAAUGAGAAGGGUUAUCUCUAUGCAGAGUGACAAUUGUGUCUCUUUUGUAAUGACAAAUGAGGGUCCCCAUCCUUGCUUUAUUUUAACAGUAGUGCCAUUCAACUUUCUCGAGGUGUGUGGAUGUGUGAUAAGGUAAAAAUGUUUGCAUACACAGACAUCCCAAUGGUAUCAUUUUAACCGUUUUUCAAGCUUUGUUUCUAUCACUGUGGAAAUUACAGUCAUGCUGUUUAAACCAGCUGUGUCUUCUCCAACUCUGACUCAAAAAGGUCAAUAAAUGAGAAAAAAUACAGCUGAGAAAAAAAAAAGGUUACAGGUUAAAUUUCUGGUUACAAAAAGUAAAGUGAGCCAAAUGAUCUUGAAUCUGUAUAUGUAAGGGGAUAUUCUUUUGAACCUCUUAUUGAUUUUUAGGAAUAAGAGGAACUUCAAGGGAAAUUGAAGGGAAAUUCAAUACAAUUCAAUUUACAGUGGUAGACUUAAAAUAUCUACUAUUUGGGUUGUGUGUUAUAAUUGUACAUGUGUUGUAGUCUUUUGCCUUUUUAGUUCAAAGCACCACUUACAUUUUGGUGCUUUUCAAGACCCAAUUUGAAAGCAGCAGAUUAAAGUUACGAACCUAAAAAUGCAACUGGUACCCUGCUACAGUUUUUAAGGGUGAAAAAUCAGAUUUUACAGAAUGUGACUGUGAUUGAUUUAUUUGGGUGGCUGCAAACAUUUGAGCAAAAUGUUGUGAAAAAAGAUGGGACAAAAGGUAGUUUUAUGGGUGUGCAUAGGAUGAUACCAAACAGGUUUAAGUGUGUAUGAGCAAAAUAAACGACUAAAAAAUGCUUUUUAAAAUGUUGAA